AAUUUUUCAUAGUCAAAUUAAUUGUACAGUAUAUCAUAGAAGAUUUCUUCCAUAAUCGAUCAAAUUUUGUUUCUUAAGCCAAAAGAAAGAUAUAAGGAGUGGUCAAAGUAAACUUGGAAACUAAUUGCUUUAAACGCCGUCGUUUGCUUCACCGCUUCAAGAGAGAGAAAGAGAGAAACACGUUGAAUUUCCCAAUCUCAUCCUUUUUGGACCCAAACAGAAAAAUAAAUAAAAAAAUCAAUUCUCUUUCUCUCUCGCACACAACGAAACCAAAAAAAAAAAAAAACACACAACGAAACGAAACCCUAGCGGAGACCCUUCUUCAUUCUCCCAUCGAUUUCAAUCCUCAUGCCUUGAUCCCCUUUCUCAUUCUCCAUCUCAAUUAAUCAGGUUUGGCUUUAUGUAACUCGUGUUUAGUUAAUCAACAAAUAAUUGAUGGAUGAUGAUAGUAAAGAUGGAUAACAUGUCUGCUCCCUCAUCACGGGAGCGUGCGCAACGCCUUUUUGAAAAGAACCUUGAAUUGGAGAGUAAGCGCCGGAGGUCUGCUCAAGUGCGGGUCCCAUCAGAUCCAAAUGCAUGGCAUCAAAUGCGUGAGAAUUAUGAAGCAAUAAUUCUAGAGGAUCAUGCUUUCUCUGAAAAGCACAAUAUUGAAUAUGCUCUUUGGCUGUUGCAUUAUAAGCGGAUUGAGGAGUUUAGGGCUUACUUCAAUGCUGCCCUUAAUUCUACAAGUUCAAACCCAUCGCAGGGUGGGAAAGGCCCUGUGCGGCCUGAUCGGAUAACUAAAAUAAGGCUGCAGUUUAAGACUUUCCUUUCAGAGGCAACAGGGUUUUACCAUGAUCUUAUCAUGAAAAUCAGAGCAAAAUAUGGGCUUCCACUUGGUUACUUGGAGGAUUCAGACAAUCGGAUUGUGAUGGAGAAAGAUGGAAAGAAAUAUGCCGAUAUGAAGAUAGGUUUAGUAUCUUGUCAUCGUUGUCUGAUAUACUUGGGUGAUCUUGCUCGUUAUAAAGGAAUGUAUGGUGAAGGUGACUCAGUAAACCGGGAGUUCACAGCAGCUUCUAGCUACUACUUACAAGCUGCAUCUCUUUUGCCUUCAAGUGGGAAUCCCCAUCAUCAGCUUGCUCUAUUGGCUUCAUAUUCUGGAGAUGAGCUAGUGGUUAUUUACCGGUAUUUUCGUAGUCUGGCCGUGGAUAGUCCAUUUACAACUGCAAGAGAAAACUUGAUAGUUGCGUUUGAGAAGAAUCGUCAAAGUUUCUCUCAGCUACCUGGUGAUGCUAAAGUUCUUGCGGUCAAGGAAUCUUCAGGAAGACCAACUGGCAAAGGAAGAGGAAAAGUUGAAGCAAAACUUGCAACAAAGGCAGCUAGUGUUGAUCCUAGUCCUAGAAUGGAAGGAGCAUCCAGUAUACAAGAAACUUAUAAAUACUUUUGCACUCGAUUUGUCCGUUUAAAUGGAAUCUUGUUUACUCGUACUAGCCUCGAGACCUUCACUGAAGUUCUUGCUGUUGUUAGCACCGGCCUUCGGAAGCUUCUCUCUUCAGGGCAAGAUGAGGAGCUGAAUUUUGGCACAGAUGCUGCUGAGAAUGGACUUGUCAUUGUCAGAAUUGUCUGCAUCAUAGUAUUUACAAUUUAUAAUUCAAAUAAGGAAUCUGAAGGUCAAACUUAUGCAGAAAUUGUACAGCGUGCUGUUCUUCUUCAGAAUGCAUUUGCUGCAGCUUUUGAAUUGAUGGGUUACAUAAUAGAGAGAUGUGCAGAGCUGCGUGAUCCAUCUUCUAGUUAUCUUUUACCUGGCAUUUUGGUUUUUGUUGAGUGGUUGGCUUGUUAUCCUGAUCUAGCUAAAGGUAAUGAUGUGGAUGAGAAACAGGCAACUCUCAGAUCAAAAUUUUGGAAUCAUUGUAUAUCCCUUUUGAAUAGACUGCUUUUAGUUGGACCUACGUCAAUUCUUGAUGAGGAGGAGACUUGCUUUAAUAACAUGAGCAGGUAUGAAGAAGGGGAAACUGAAAACCGACUUGCUUUGCCGGAGGACUUUGAGUUAAGGGGUUUUGUUCCACUGCUUCCUGCACAAACCAUCUUGGAUUUUUCUAGGAAGCAUUCCUUUGGAAAUGAUGGUGAUAAGGAAAUCAAAGCUCGGGUCAAAAGGAUUUUAGCUGCAGGGAAGGCUUUAGCAAAUGUCGUUAGGGUUGAUCAGAAAGUGAUAUAUUUUGAUUCAAAGGCGAAGAAAUUUACAAUUGGUGUUGAGCCUCAAACCUCAGAUGAUUUUGUUCUUGCUACCUCCUAUGCAGACAUGCUCAAUGCAGACGACUUGCUGCAAGAAAAACCAGGAGAUAAAUCAACGGUGGAAGUUGUUCAAUCAAACCAAGACCAUAUGGAUGGAGAUGAGGAUGAUGAAGUUAUUGUUUUCAAGCCUGUAGUGUCAGAGACGCGAGCUGAUGUGGUUGUCUCAUCAUGGGCUCCCCAUGAGGGUUUGGAGCCUGCUCCAAAAGCAUUUGGAGGGGAUAUAAAAUUUCAUGCCAAUUCUACUUCCAACCCUCUCAAUCAUCUAAAUCAUCAAACUUUGCCUGUUUCUGUUAGUGGUAUGAUGGCUCAAAACCUGCAAGCAGUGCAAACAUCAAGGUGGAUUGAGGAGGAAAUUUCUCUUGGUAACAAUUUCAAAGGUCUUAGCUUACGUGAGAACGGGCAUGCAAUGAAACCUAGCCUACAAGAAGCUGUAGGCAUCUCAAGCCAUUUAGCCCUUCCUAUUCCUAUUCAACAAUCUGCUGCUGCUGAUACUAAUGGUUUCUUUUAUGGUCUCUCAAAACCUUCAGAAUCUGUCAUACCAUCCAAAGUUGAUGCUAUUGCAUCUCCUGCAGUAAUUACUGAUCAUUUUUCUGGGAUGACAUCUGCCUUGCAAGCCAGUUUGAGAAAAUCCCCAGUCAGCCGACCUACUAGGCACCUUGGACCUCCUCCCGGCUUUAGUCCCUUUCCUUCUAAACAAGGUAGUGAAUACUCUGUUUCAGAUUCAAUGAGCGGGAAUCCAAUUAUGGAUGAUUAUGGUUGGUUAGAUGGAUAUCAUUUGGAUUCAUCAACUAAUGGUUUAGGCACCAAUGGUCCCCUGGCUUACUCUCAAUCAAAUUCUCAUCAAGUCGGUAACAAUGGCUUUAGUGGUACAGUCAGCUUUCCCUUCCCUGGAAAACAAUUUCCAUCUGUGCCUCAUCAGGUGGAGAAACAGAAUGGUUGGCAUGAGUAUCAAACGUACGAUCAUUUAAAAUUACACUCUGAUCAGCUUCUGCAACCUCAACAGCAGCUCACAAAUGGAAAUCAGCAGUUUUCUCCUCUGCCUGAGCAAUUUCAAGGACAAUCAAUUUGGACAGGUCGUUACUUUGUGUGAUGUCGGUAUGAGAGUAUAGAUGGUUUAUUGCGAAUGUGCUGCAUCCUUUUGCUACUCGUUCAAACUCCAGCUUUGCAGCCUUGUUAUUGGAGUUCUUUGGCCUUGACUUGUUGCAGGAUAUUGCUACUACGAAAGAUUAUGCUGAGCUCUUCAGCCCGGACGAAGGAAGAUAAACGAGCAUCUUUACUGUUCAAAGUUCUUAAGAAGUAAAUGCCUUGUCUGGUUCCAUAUGGCUGGAUAGGUGGUGAUAGAUAAAAGACUAUUCAUUCAGUCGUGUUGCAGCUUGUGUCUUCUGAGAUUGGUGGUGUUACAAUGGUUCAUUCAAAUCUCUAGUGGAAGUGUCAUGAUGAUGCACAUGUAAGAAUCGUUGUUAACAACAUCAUCUGGUUGCAAGUGAUACUAAGUGCUUCAGACUAUAUAGUUGGGAAAGUUGCUAGCUAAGAAGUGGGUGUCAAGUUUGGAUAAUGGAAUGUGUGAUAUAAUACGAUAUAUAUAAUAAGUAUUGUGGGUAGUCACUUGAGUUGAAGAGUGAGUACAUGUGUUUUAGUUGUUUGCGUCUUCGUUAAGGAUCAUAAUAGUUUGUUGUUGCUUGUGUGAUGGGUGGUUUAUGGUUCAUUUUCAUGUUUCUAUAAGUCGAGUGGUUAGCUCGAACUUGCAAUUUGCAAAUAAAUUGGUGGAUAGUGGAUACCUAUACAUCUUGGCGUGUAUGAAUAUACAACAAUAUAUGUAUCUAUAAUUUGGAUUUAGCA